CGUACAAGGCGACCAGCUAGAAGUGGGAUUUGCUCUGUCGACCUGAUAGUUAGUUCUUACAAGCUAUCUAGCAGGUGUAUUAAACGGGAAGGAUGUAGCUAACCAACUCUGGGACAACUGCGUGAGUACCUCGGCGUGCUAAGCCGCUGCACAGCUGCCCAACAGUCUUCGGCGAACGCGUAACUAGUAGCUACGAGCUAACGUUUGUAAGCUAGCGUUAGCAGGCUAGCAUUCACCUGCGGGGAUCUGUGCUUACUUGCUAACACCGUUGCAGCUAGCUAUCCAAGAUGGAAAGUGCGCUGUCUGCGGGUAUCAAGGAAAACGAGCUGGAGUCGGAUGCCCUUUCACUUUCAUCCGCACCACAGGGAAUACUCGACUCUAAUGGCGAAAGUAACUCGGCAAUGGUUAAGCCCAGUGGGUUAACGGUACUAUCCGCUGGAAAAAGACCCGUGACGGGGGAAGACGACGGCGGGGGCGGAGAGGCGAAACUCUUCGGGAAAGGGCUUGCAACCACCUCCCUGCUUCAAUUAGCGAUAAGGAACGGGAUAUAUCAAAAUCAAAUUGCUAACGCUGUCAAUAUGCCCGCCGUUAAAACAGCUAAUAUAUACAGUCUUGCGUCAGUCAACAGCAAUGCCACUGUCAAUUCUUUGCUGAAUAGGAGACGACGGCGACACAAGAGAAAUCUCUCACUGGGGGCUCCGCCGACCUCUUGCCCACCUGCGGCUUCUUCGGCGGAGGCGGCCAGCCCUGCGCCCUCAGCCUCGCCACUGAAUACACUCAGUCUGGACAGAAAGACCUUUUUGCGACAGAAACAGUCAAAGCAGCUACAGGUCUCCGAAAAGACAUGGGUGAGAUCGGAUCUCAAACGGGGCUGUAUUCAUGUCUACGACUGGCUCACACCGACCUACCCUAGACCAGUGCUUUGCACGUUGGACACCACUGCAAAGGAGAUAGCGAGUAAGUUGGUAGGGAGUAAAGCUGGAACAAUAUUGAGAGUGAAUUGCAAAACAAAUAUUUCAGUGGACCCAAUUUGUCACGGUGAUGGUCAAGGUGCGGCUGGUGAAAAAGAAAGUCUGUGUGAGAGUGUCGUCAACAAAAUGGUCUGUCUUUCAUCCUCAAAGGCAGAGGAGAAUGAGGACUUCCUGGACAGCAAUGACACAGCAGCGUGUUAUCCAGACACAAAAUUCUUCUGCAGUUUGUUGUCUGAUGAUAAGUCAAGCAACCUUUCAUCAGAGGUGUCUUCGAAUGACAAUAUGGGGUUGGAGUUGGGUUUUGGUGGGGUUGACUGUUUUGGACUUUACUCAGGCUCUGACAUCGAAAGCAGCACCUGUGAGGACUUGAGUCCUGGUGGACCUAGGACUAGCCAUCACCGGGAUUCACUGAGUGAUGGACCGGGCUUGGGUACAGACAGCUCAGUGUUGAGCCCUAACUGUGACAGUGCCACAGAAGGACCUGACCCAUUUGAAAGCUCCUCAGAUGAGGUAGAGCGCAAUUCUUCACUGUCACAUCCAACCAGCGCCUCUGCUGUAGACCAGCAAGUGGACUUGCCCACCACAGAACCUUGCAUUGCUGUUAAUGGGAUGUCAAGGACACUGGAUGAUAACACUAAUGCUGGAACAGAGAGCAACACAGAUACUCCUAGUUUGAUCAAUCCUCUCCAAAUAUGCUGUAGCAGUUCUCAGGCUCGGCCCUUAACCAGCCCAGCAUCUGCCCAGUCUGACCCUGAAAUCUCAGGAGAGAGCAGAGGGUGGCCAGACCCCAUCAGUAGUGCUUUAACCCCAGCCCUCUUUGUCCAGCUGCAUGGUGGAGUUGUGCAGCGGGUUGGGGAUGAUGAGAGGCCUCUGCAGAUACUAAAUGAAUAUCUCAUACAACUGGGGUUUGAAGAUCCAUGGAGAGUGCAGGAUGAGGGGAUGAAUCCAGAAAUAGGAUGCCUGAUUCGCUUUUUCUUUGGUAAGCCGAGGAAUGUGGGAGGAUCAGAACGUGUGCAGCUUUCUGGGGUGUUUAACGUGAGAAAGGGGAAGCUGGCCCUUCCCGUAAACCGCUGGUCGAAGCGCCAGGUCAUGCUCAGUGGAACCUGUCUUAUUGUUUCAUCUGUCAAACACGCCCACAGUGGCAAGAUGCAUAUUCUCCCUCUCAUUGGAGGAAAGGUGGAGGAGGUGAAGAGACACAACCAUUGCCUUGCCUUCAGCUCUGCUGGGCCCCAGAGCCAGACCUACUACAUCAGCUAUAACUCCUACACAGAGCACCUUCGCUGGCACAGACAUGCUGCAAAGAUUGCAUCACAGAGAGUGAGCUCAGUGGACUUGUCAUCCUGCAGCCUGGAAGAACUGCCCUCUCAACUCUUUUACAGCCAGGACCUCACCCACCUGAACCUCAAACACAACUUCAUGUCUCCACAGAGGGGCCUCUCAGCCCUCACACGGUUUUGUAAACUGAGAAGCCUUAGUUUGUCUAACAAUGCUCUGAACGAGUUUCCCCUGGCCUUGUGUGACAUCGCCUCACUAAUGGAGCUCAAUCUGUCAGGCAACCGCCUCUCCUCUCUGCCUGCUGCUGUGGGAACCAUGCAUAACUUGCAGACUCUUCUUCUGGAUGGAAACUUUCUGAGUUCACUACCCGUAGAGCUGGGCUCGCUGGAGGCCCUGACCUACCUGGGCUUGUCCUUCAAUUCUUUCAGCUGCAUCAGCCCUGUUCUAGAGAAACUCAAGGGCAUGGAACGACUCUGUAUGGCUGGAAACCAGCUCUCUACCCUGGACAUGGCUGGACUGCAGUGGCUGCCUGCUCGCCACUUUGAUCUCAGGUUGAACCAUCUCCAGAAUGUGGUGUUGGGUGAAGCAGGGCAGCUGACCCACAUUGCCCAGCUGGACGUUAGGGAUGCUGGGCUAGAUGAGCUGGAUGUCAGGCCUCUGUCUAGGUUGGAGGUCCUCCGCUGUGACAGAAACAUGCUGAGCCUCCUCAGAGCCAGCGGUCACGUACUCAAGAGCUUGCACGCUGCACACAAUGAGCUGAAACAGCUGGAAGUGUACCCCGUGCCAGAGAAUCUAACUGUUCUGGAUGUGUCAUGGAAUGAACUGGACUGUGUUCCAGACUGGGUGUGUGAGAGCAGUAGACUGGAGGUGUUGGACAUCAACCAUAACUCUGUUACUGAGCUGCCCAUAAGGCUGCUAUGCAGUGGGAGCCUGAGGAAAUUGCUGGUGGGCUGGAACAAUCUGCGUUGGCUGGCUGACAGGAUGGAAAGAUCCCAGCUAGAGGUCCUAGACCUCCAACACAACCACCUCAGUGAGCUACCACACAACCUGUUCAUCAAAUCCCAGAGUUUGAGAUACCUAAAUGUGUCAGCCAAUAAGCUGGAGAGCCUUCCCCCGGCGAGCCUAUCAGAGGAAAGUUUCAGCAGCCUUCAAGAGCUCUAUCUUACCAAUAACAACCUGACAGACAAGUGUGUCCCCCUCCUGACGGGACAUGGCCACCUCAGAGUGCUACACAUGGCUUACAACCAGUUGCAGACUUUCACCGCUAGUAAGCUGGCACGGCUGGAGCAACUUGAGGAGUUGGAAUUGAGUGGGAACAGGCUGAGGGCUGUGCCCACCACCAUCCUGAGCUGCCAGCGAAUGCAUACCCUCUCGGCUCACUCUAACUGCAUCAGCGUGUUCCCCGAGGUCCUGCAACUCGCAGAGAUCAAGUGUGUGGAUCUAAGUUGUAAUGAGCUAACUGAGGUGACUCUGCCAGAGAUUCUCCCUCCUAAACUUCAGGAGUUGGAUCUCACAGGCAACCCCCGCCUCAACUUGGACCACAAAAGCCUGGAGCUGCUCAAUAAUAUCCGGUGUUUUAGGGUGGAUCCAUCUCCCUCAGCGCUGUGUGUGAGUGAGGGCCCUGGGGCUCCUGUAGUCUGGAGUCAUGGUUAUACAGAGGCCUCUGGUGUCAAAAACAAACUGUGUGUGGCAGCCCUAGCCCUGGAUAGUUUCUGUGGGAUUCGUGAGGCGCUAUAUGGAGUGUUUGAUGGAGACAGGAAUGUUGAGGUGCCUUAUCUACUGCAGUGUACCAUGGGAGAUGUCCUGGCAGAAGAACUUCACAAGAACCAAAAAAAGAAAGACUAUAUGGCCAACACAUUCCUCACCAUGCAAAGGAAGCUGGGUACUGCAGGCCAGAAGCUGGGUGGAUCAGCAGCUCUGUGUCACAUCAGGCAUGACCUGAUAGCCCCUGGUGAGCGUGGAGGCUGUUUCACUCUGACUGCUGCCAAUGUGGGCAAGUGCCAGGCUGUGCUGUGCCGGAAUGGCAAAGCUCUGCCACUCUCUACCACACACACUGUCAAACAUGAGCUAGAGUACCAGAGGGUCCGGCAGCAUAACAGCAUCAUCACUGAGGAUAACAAGGUCAAUGGUGUGACAGACUCCACACGAAUCAUGGGCUACUCCUUCCUCUGCCCCUCUGUGACCCCACAACCCCAUGUCUCCAUGGUGACACUCACCCUGCAAGAUGAGUUUUUCUUGCUGGGCAGCCGAGGCUUGUGGGACAUGUUGUCCCCCAGCGAGGCGGUGGAGGCGGUGCGGAAUGUUCCAGAUGCCCUAGCUGCUGCUAAGAAGCUGGUGACUCUGGCGCAGAGCUAUGGCUACUCCGACAGCCUCAGUGCUGUGGUGGUCCAGCUCAGUAUCACUGAAGACUGCUGCUCUUUCUGUGAGCCCGCACCCCCACCACCCAGCCCUGGCCUGGGUGGGCCCACACAUACCAUCACGCACCCCUAUCCAGCUAGCGACAGCACCCUGCCUCUACCACCGCCCUGCCCAGCCAGUGAGCUAAGCAGUGAGUUCAGUACAUCAGAGAUGAGCAGUGAGGUGGGCUCCACAGCUUCCUCGGACGAGCCGCCACCCCAGGCCGAACCCAUGUCGUUCCACCUCAACCUGCCGGGGCGGGUCAGUGUGCGGAGACCUACCUUUGGAGCAUGUGCCUUCCAGCGGCAGUUCUCUGGGGCUCUGUCAGACAAUGGUCUGGACAGUGAGGAUGAGGAGCCUAUCGCUGGCGUGUUUUCCAAUGGCAGUCGUGUUGAGGUGGAGGCUGACAUCCACUGUCUACACAGUCGGGACUUCCCUGUACCCCGGUUGAUUACUCACACGCAGCCCAGUUCAAGCUUUCAGCCCCCUGCCCCCUUGACUCCUGAGCCUUCACCCCCUUCCCUGUCCUCUUGCUGUCAGGCCAUCCAGUCAUCCCUCAUACCUCCUCCCUCACCCUGUCUUGGAGGGGAGUCAUUGUCAGGGACUCUUGGCCGCAGGACUCGGGCUAACGGUUCAGUGGCUUGCCAGGGGAGGAGCCAGGACCUCAUCGAGGAGGCAGCUGAUGCCCCCAUCAGGAAGCAGGGAGGUUACUUCAAUGCCCCUGCCCAACCGGACCCAGAGGACCAGCUCAUCAUUCCCCCAGAGCUGGAGGACGAGGUGCGGCAGAUCAUCCAGCAACAGCAGCUGCAGCGAGAGCAGGCACAGCCCCAGAGCCAACAAGCACAAACCUUCCAGAAGCCUGCAGACUACUAUGUUACACCCCUCUAACUAACCCAAUUUCUGGCCCAUGACUUAAGAAGUAGGUAAGUAUCUGGGAUACAGAACUGUCAAGGAGAUCUGAUGUACUACACCACUUUGACCUGUACCGUUCCCUCCUUAAACUCAUGCCCUCCAAGUAUUCUAAAUAUACCUCACAUGUUCUGUUAUGGAUCAGAGGGAUUGCAUUCUGUUAUUUUUUUAUGUACUUUAUUUUAUACUGCUAACUUUAAGCCCCCAAAAAUGCAAUGCAAUUUUAUAACACUUUCUCUGCAUCCAUUCUUAAAAAUAAGUUUAAUAUAAUUGAUUUUUAUCUUAUCCUUUUAUUUGAUGAAUCAAGCACUUUGUUUGCUUUUUAUGAGACUCUAAUUUGAGGGUAAUUUAAUGUUAAAUGGUACUUUCAGACACAGACCAUACCAUUCCUUGUGAAGUUGCGGACAUUUCCCCAGAUGGCUGUUGGUCUUUGAAAUUGUAGGAGUUAGUGAAAAUGUUUAUACUAACUCCUAGGAGUUGCAUACUCACAAGUGACUUAGUCACUGAAGUGUACUAAUAUUCUCUGAGAGAAAAGAUGAUUAUUUCUAAAAGGCUGAUAAACGAGAGUUGUGUUUUUGAGGGUGUUUAGACUUCCACAUAGUACUACAGUGGUUGGUGGGACGCUGAAGAGGUAAGAUCCAGUCCAGGCAUUUCCAGUUUAACAAAUGUUCUUGGAACAGUGUUACAGACUUCUUGACAGUGACGUCACUCAAGAGAGUUACUUUUGCUAUAUAAUAAAUUUUAAGUU